UGGUGCAAUAAUGUGUUAAUAAAGUGACAAGUGUACACACAAUUACAGUAUAAGAUUAAAAAUGCUUGUGUGCCAUUUAUCUAAGAAAAAUUUCUUUUAUUAGAUUUAUAUCUGCUACGGACCUAUUAACGAUUCUAUAACGGUUACCAACAAAAAACCGCGGACUCAUUUCUUUUUCUCAAACGUAACGAUUUAGAAUGUUCUAGAAAGUUCCGUUAAAUCUUAUGGGAUAUUCAGUGAUUCUUUUUCCCCCUCUCUAAACUCGCUCGACACCUCACAGAUUUACUAUAUGUAUAUUUGAGAGUAUAGGAAUAGGUAUUUGGACAAUCAAACGCUUCCAAGUUUAAUUGAUUCACAUACCAAGUAUCGUGACAAGUCCGUACGAGAUGCAAGGUAGGGUAUAUGAAAGGUAGGGUGUCCGCGAACACCUUGAUAAUGUUCUAGUCUAGCGAUAGCGAGCAAAUGAGCAAGUUAUUGAAGAUUGACGACUAGAUACAAGCUGCGUAAAAUGGCAUUUAUAAUGUCUUAUCUCUGGAAUCUGGAUGGCAUGAUAGUUCUAACAGCUAUCAUCAUACUCGCCUACUUUUACAUGACGCGCAAGUUUAAAUAUUGGAAAAAGCGCGGCGUUUCGGAAAUAUCACCAAUACCUUUCUUGGGCAAUUUUACGAGAUGUAUAUUUAUGAAAAAAUCAGCGGGAUGUCUACUAAAGGAGUUCUAUGAUCAAGCGAAGGAGCAACCUUACGUAGGAUUUUUUAUUUUUGACAAGCCCUUCUUAUUGAUUCGCGAUCAGGAACUCAUCAAGAAUAUCUUCAUGAAGGACUUUAAAUACUUCUCUAAUCGAUAUGUCACGGUGAAUAAGGAAGAUCGUCUAGGUUAUGCGAAUCUCUUCUUCUUAAAAAAUCCAAUGUGGAAGAUGCUGAGAUUGAAAAUGACACCGUUCUUUACGCCUAGCAAAUUAAAGAAGAUGUUAGAUUUAAUAGAGGAAUGUGCCACAAAUCUAACCGAGUAUCUGGAUUCGCUGAAUUUGGAAAAUAAGGGAAAAAUAGUGGAGAUGAGAGAAUUAUCCUCCAAAUUUACUACGGACGUGAUUGGCAGCACCGCUUUUGGACUCAACACGAAUUCUUUCAAAAACAUGAACAUCGAGUUUUAUAAGCACGGCAGAACGAUCUUCGGGUUUGAACACGGUUUGGAAUUAACCGGGCGAUCUAUCACGCGCAUAUAUACACACAUAUACACACACAUACUUUUUUCCUCGCACUUUAUAUUCAGUGACGGUGAGCUCUCUGCAUUACAAUUGCAAUUUGUAGUACGUAUAAUACUCGCAUUGCAUCCUGAAAUACAGAACAAGCUGCGGAAAGAAAUUCUUCAGAUGCUCGUUAAAUCUAAUGGAAAAAUUACAUACGAAAUGAUCAUGUCGUUACCGUAUCUCGAUAUGGUGUUCUCUGAAACUUUGAGAAUGUAUCCGCCAGCAGAAUACCUACAUCGUAUCACAUCCGAGACUUAUAACGUGCCGAACUCCAAUCUCGUAAUUGAAGAAGGUACACCGGUUUUCAUCUCGGUGCGCGGUUUGCAUUACGAACCGAAAUACUUUCUCGAUCCGGAUAAAUUCGAUCCGGAGCGAUUCAAUGAGGAGAAUAAACGUGACAGGCCGGCAUACGUUUAUCUUCCAUUUGGAGAAGGUCCACGUACGUGUAUAGGUAUUCGUUUGGGGCUUUUAGAGAUGAAAUUAGCACUCAUAAAAAUUUUGAGCAGAUUUGAAGUGUCACCAUGUCAAAAAACUUUGAUACCAAUGAAACUUGAUCCUCGUGGACAUCUAAUAACACCUUUAGGAGGCGUAUUACACCUCAAUAUACGAAAAAUUAAUACUGAAAUGGAAUACAUAAUUGGAGAUAGCGUUACCUAAAAAUAAUUAUGAUAAUAAUAAUUAAUAUCACUUAAUAAAAAUACAUAAAUACAGUUAUUCAAGGUCUCGAUAUGUAAAAUUAUGUAAAGGCUGUCAACUUGCGAAGUCAAUCGAUGCACUAAAUCCUCGCUUUAAUGGGGAGAUGAAAGUGUUUUUAUUCGUUCAAUGUCAAUUUUACUUUAUAAUAAGCAUUAUGUGUCUGAUUUAAACACCACGUUAUUGUUUAUAAUUAAGAUUAUUUAUGACAGCUUUAUUUAUUGUAGUUUAUACAUUGUUGUCUGAUUACUGACCAUUUAUGUAAUUUAGAUUUCUUUAUUAUUAAUUAUUUGCGCGGAGAAUGGGAUCCAAAGAAAGGAUCCAAAACAUUUGCAUUCACAGUAAUAAUUAUUGACUAAUUACAAUAAAGUACGAGCGUUAAAGACUGUGCGGGCUCAUAAAUGCUAUGUUUAAUUUAUUUGCGAGGUGAUAUUGUGCGAGAAAACAUUGGCACAUUAAUAUCUCUCAACAUACGAAAAUUUAAUUAUUAAGACUAAUUAAAAUUUACAAAA